AUGCACAGGUUCUCCUCUUCCACCAACAACGACAACCAUUCAGACAAGCAGUUGAAUCUCUCUCAACCAUCACCCGCAAGCCUUCAAGAACUGGAGGACAUUGGUGUGAUGAGUCAAUACAAAGUCUACAUCAACAACAACAGCAUUGGUGAGGAAGUUGAUAUUGCUCAACAACACACCAACAAACACCAUCAUGACACCUCAACAACAAGUAAUGAAAUGGCAUCCUCCAAUUGUUUUCAUCAAACAAAUCAUCAUCAUUGCCUUUCUUCCAACCAUCCCACACCAUCCACAACCACAACACCAUCCAAUGCAUUGUCGUCUUUAGAAAACAAUGAUGGAGUUUCUCAGUCAAAGAGAAAAACUCUCAGACUGUUUCGUAGAAGUACCAACAAUAACAAUCAAUCGGUCAUGUCUUCGCUGUUUACAAUUGAUGCACCGAAUGACGAAAAUGAAGAUUUUGAGUCCAAAACUCAUUCCAGCCUCUCUAAAAAAGGAAACUUUAAUUCCAUACGAGUGAAAACAGUUUCUAUUCUUUCUUUAAUGUUUUUUCUCACCGUUUUAUUAUGUUUUGCAAUUCUAAUUGUUGCAUUUCACAUCUCUUUUUCAAAGAUUGAAUAUCAAACCAUUUUACAAAGCAGUUUACGAGUUCUAAGAAGCAUGACCGAUAACUUUUAUGCCUUGGAAAACAAAAUUCUUGAUUAUGCGCCAUGGAUUGAUACAGCCAACUUAUUUAUCUAUAAUGGAGAUCCUAAUCGUGUGAAAGCCUAUUUUGAUGAAAACUUUUUCUGUGCACAUUUGGCACAAGUGAAAUUAUCUUUUGUGUCUUUAUAUUAUUUAAAUGGAACAAUAUUGAAAUCAUUGGCAUGUUACAAUGCAACAUUGGAAGAGAACCUUCCAGUAGAAAUGGAACAAUUACAUCCAGAACAUUACUUUAUCAAAGACAUGACCAUUUCCACCACACGAAGGGCUGCCUAUCUAUUACCUUCAGCAACCAAUGUGAAUCAUCCUGAGGAGUUUGCCAUGAUGGUUGCAGUCCCUGUCACGACGACUGAUGCUGAUACCACCACUUAUGGAGUCAUGGUCUUUGGAAGAUAUCAAUCCAAUUCAAUUAUUCAAGACUUGACUGCCAAAACUCAAGUCUGUAUUUCUUUUUAUAAUCUAAAUUCAACGAUAGGACUUGAAAUUGUUCAAUCCAUGAAAGGUCAAAGUGGUCUCUCUUCUCAGAUUGCAAAUUACAAUGCACUCACUAUUGAUGCAGAUAACAGCUCUUGGUUGUUGCGAGGUUUUUUCCAUGUUGGAGCUUUUGAUUCGUCUUCGAGUUUAUUGUCCUUGAAUAGACAUUGCGACCACAGCGGAAGUGGAACGAUUGAAGGAGUUUUAGAGUCAGAUUCCAAUUAUGGAGAACGAAUUUCAACACUACAAAUUUUGAAAGAUGUCCAUCGAGAAAAUACUGUCCUUAUAAGAUGUGACAUUUCUAGAAGUCUCUAUACGAAUGGUAUCAAUUCAUUUCUAAUAACUUGGGCAGUCAUGACAGCCAUGCUCAUUCUUCUCUCAGCUUCUGUGGUCAUUUUUGUGGAACUAGUUGUGUUGAGAAGAACCAUUCGUCUCACGAAUGGCGUUAUUCAAAUUACCAAUGAAUGGAAUAAUGAUAGUAAUUCGAUCACCAAGGGCGGUAAAUUACCAAAAUUUGGAAAAGAUGAAAUUGGUAAAUUGGGAAUGCGAGUCAAUUACAUGUUAUCUGUUUUGGAAAAGUCAUUCACUCAACUUCAAAAAGAACAUGCAUUGGCACAAAGCUUACUUGAUCGAACUUCACUCGAAGAGCAAAAGUAUAGAAAUGUCAUGAAUGGUCUCACUGAUUUUGUCAUUACUGUGGAUUCCACUUCAGGAAGAAUUAUCAAUUUUAAUGCAUCUUUUGAAAACAAAAUUAUGGGGAAAAUCAAAGAUGAAAACUCUGAGAAGAAUGUUCAAAACAAAAUGAUUCACGAGUAUUUUGAAGGAAUGACCUUGGAGUCUGUUCUUCAAAAAUUGGAAGAAUUAUCAGUCGAAAGUGGUGUGAAAAUUUGGGAAGUUUCAAUCCUUAAUAGGUUCAGAACAGGUGUUCCUGUGAAUGUGACAUGUAGUAAGGUCAAGAUUGUCAUUCAAGAAGGAGAUAUUAUCGAUGCCUAUGUCAUGAUGGCAAGAAACAUGUCGGAUCAACAAGAAUUGAAAAAAACAAUUCUCUCGCAGCAACAACAAUUUUCUGAGCAACAACAACACUUUGAAUUUGAAUAUUACUGGAAGAAUCCAGACAUGCGCAACAAGUUGAGAAUUUUCUGUAUGAAUGAAAAGUCGUAUGAGAAUUUCAAAUUCCUCGAAGAAGUGGAAUCUUACAAAAAGAUGAAACGAACACAACACCGAGCCAACAAACAGCAAGAAAUUAUUUCACAAUUUCUCACUAAGGAAAGCAAAUAUGAAUUGAAUAUUUCACAAGAAGAAACUUUCAAUCUUGUCAACAGAAUUAAGAAUGGAUAUGGACAAGUCGAUCUCUUUGAUCGUUUGGCCGUUGUAGUGAGAAAUAUGUUAUAUCGAGACACUUUCCAGAGAUUCUUGAUGGAUGUCGCCAAAGAUAACGACAUGAAUACUUCGUCUUCUUUGGAUGUGGAUGAAUCAACUGACUCGAGCAGUUUGUCUCUCAAUAAUAAUGACUAUUAG